GUCACUUAUUUCCAAGGCUAGGGUUCUUCAUUCUCGCUGUUCUCUAAAGAAGAAACCGCGGGAAGGAGAAAAGUUACGGAAGAUUCAGCCUAUAUGGGGUCCGUCCACCCUGCCACCCACCUUGAGUCGCUGGUGAAAAGCUUCUCCUUCGUCCCUCCUGCAUCAGUUCCCGCCAUUAUCGAUUGCGUCCUUGCCUCAUCCGUCGUAUCCGUUGCCAAUCUACUCUCUUUCCUUCUCCAAUCCUUUACUGACUUCGGCGAGGCUCAUCAAUCAAAUUACAUACUAUGCCACACCAGUGCGCUCUGUCAUAUUAUAAAGAAAGAUCGAGCUCAAUCCGAUGUUAUGAACCAGUUUAUUUCGACGUCCUUCAUCCCGCUUCUGAAAGUUAUAGACCCAAGUAACUCUGAAUUGCUGAACGAGACGGAGGAAUUGGUGUAUCAUUUGGUCUUUGAAACUGGAUCCUGGGAGCUUAUUGGCAAAACUCUGGUGCCUUUUUGUCUGAGUUCAGUUUGCUUCAGUAUUGGAACAAUAUCGAAGGAUGAUAUGGAUGCAGAUAAGCAGUCUACUGAAAGCUCUUCUGAACCUCUGGGGACUCUACCAGGGAAGACUGCAUUACAAGUUCUUACAUCUUUGCUAGAUUUUUCUUUGAAAAGUUGGAGGGGGAUUGCAACAUCAGAGCAGAAGAUACUCAAAUUUUCAAGUUCUUUGGAUGUUUUCAUUGUGAAUCUGACUGGGAAGCUGUCGAACUUAGCUCUUUGGUUGCUCAUGUUGUCUGCAGAGGAUCGUCUGCAUGCCAUUCAUUUGAUUCUUCCUAUUGUCUUAAGGUCUCUUAAUGUUUUUUCGGCAUUUAAAAUUUUGGAGCAUGAACCCCAAUGCUCAAUAUCAAGGGCACAUUUCCUGGAGAAAAUGUGGAAUUGUUGCUCUUCUCUGUUUCAACUUGGCCAUUUAGAACGGAGAGAUGCAUACCGGAUACUUUCAUCAUACUUCUCGUCAUUCUGUGAAUCAGAUGGUCAAGAAAAGUUUGCAGAGAUUAACAUUGAUGAAGAAUUUGAUUUUAGAGGCAAUGAAAUGCUUUGGAAACAAGUACAAAUAGGAUUGGUAGAUAAAGAUUCUUCAGUGAGGAAGAUGGCAUUGUAUAUUUUGAAAUCACUGAUGAACUAUAAUUCUUCCUCUUUUUUAAGCAGAAACGAUCAAUGCUUUUCUAACUCUCUACAACCGGCUGCAGAUGCCAAAAAAGUUGCCAUCAUGUCUCAAGAUGGGAACACAUCACAUGAUGGUCCGACAAAGAGGAAAAAGUGGGCUGAAAAGGAAGCUAAAUCUAUGGGUAUUAGAGAAGUCUGCCAUCUUGAUGGAAUUUGUUUGAAUGGUGUAGAAAGAUGGAAGGUUUUUGUGCUGCUUUAUGAAACGCUUGAAGAGUAUGGCACACAUUUGGUUGAGGCUGCCUGGACUCACCAGGUUUCAUUAUUAAUUCAGUCUUGCCCACUGAACAAUGACAAUAUUUCUACAACCUUAAGUGUUUAUUACGCUCAGAUGGAAACUUUAGAUGGACUUUUAAGCUGGUUAGUUGUGUUAUGGGAGCGUGGAUUUUUUCAUGAAAAUCCUCAAGUGCGAUGCUUAAUCAUGGAAUCAUUUUUGGACAUUGAUUGGGAUAGGUAUGCAAAUCUCGCACAUAAAGUGCCUAGAAGUUUCAUACUUGGUCCAUUGGUUCGGGGUUUAAAUGAUGUUGUUCAUCACAAAGAUUUUGGUCUUAAAGGCAUUUAUAUGUCCAGAGCAAUAAAAGGCGCAUCCAAGUAUUUUAAUAGAUUUUCUUGUGGGUUAUCUGUAAGUGAAUGCUUAACACUUGCAUGGAGCUUAGCUUCUGCUGCUAGACAUGAGUCAUUUGGUCGAGCUGGAUUGAUGACGCUGGCUUUCUGUAUUUCUUCAACUUCUUGUCAUUCUAAUGCAAAUGAAAGAAACGAAAAAAAAUGUUCAAGCGCAAACUGCGUGGUUGAACAGUUUGAUUCUACUUCCAAUAAUGAUGUUCACUGUAGUGCUGUUGAGUUGCUGGAUGCUUUCAAAAUUCUGAUUUCAAGAACUAAACAGCACUACAAUCCUAAUUAUCGCCUACAAGUUUGUGAGCAGAUUCUUAAAGCUGCAUCUUCGUUGAUAAAUAUCCAUGAUCUUUCUCUUGAGGUGUUUCUUCAUUUUCUUUCAGCAUUUCCCCGAGAAUUUAUUGAUGUAACUGGUCCUUUAAGAUGCAUACUGCAAGCAUGGAUAGCUAAAAUAAGUUAUGAGGAUAGAAACAUUGGGCUCAUUGACGGACGUACAUAUCUUCUGAAGAAUCUUUUAUAUUUCCCUUCAUGCUUCAUUCAGCAUAGGCUUACAUCUGAUGAUACUGUGUCGUUUGAUGAUGAUGACAUAGAUGGAUGGUUAGUUGAGGCGCAAAGGUGGGCUUGGCUGCUCUUCCUUGUAAUCAGAGAUGAGCAAGAUCUUGCUCCUAUUUUUGAG